GGCACCGCGGCCGACCAGGUGCGGCCGGCGCCACUGACGGAGGAGGACCUGCGCACGGCCAUCGCUCGCUGCCGGCCCACCGGCGCCCGUCACUGGGACCAGUACGUCCGAUGGAUGGACACGUAUGGCGCCGAGUGAGGGACCACGGGAGGGAUCACCGGCGCCCGCCAUUGGGACCAGUACGUCCGAUGGAUGGACACGUACGGCGCCGAGUGAAGGACCGCAGGAGGGAUCACUGGCGCCCGUCACUGGGACCAGUACGUCCGAUGGAUGGACACGUAUGGCGCCGAGUGAGGGACCGCAGGAGGGAUCACUGGCGCCCGCCACUGGGACCAGUACGUCCGGUGGAUGGACACGUAUGGCGCCGAGUGAGGGACCGCAGGAGGGAUCACUGGCGCCCGCCACUGGGACCGUACGUCCGAUAGAUGGACACGUACGGCGCCGAGUGAGGGGCCACAGGAGGGAUCACUGGCGCCCGCCACUGGGACCGUACGUCCGAUAGAUGGACACGUACGGCGUCGAGCAAGCGGACGCGAACGAUGGCAGUGAUGCGGCUGACGCGGCCGACGCUGUACAGUAACCCGGUAGUGUCCUGCGACCCGCGCGACCUGCCCGGCGCGACGCUGACCUCGGCGCCGGACGUGACCAGACUGCCCGACCUGCCCGACCUCCAGCUGGGCGAGAUGCUGCUGCUGCCCCAAAGCUUCGGGAGCAUCUACCUGGGCGAGACGUUCUCGUGCUACCUGUCGGUGCACAACCACAGCUCGGAGCCGGCGUCGGACGUGACGGUGCGGGCCGAGCUGCAGACGGGCUCGCAGCGGCUGACGCUGACGCCCGGCCCGGGCGGCGUCGAGCGGCCCGUCACGCUGCCGCCGGCCGCCAGCCGCGACCACGUCAUCCACCACGAGGUCAAGGACACCGGCGCGCACAUUCUGGUGUGCGCCAUUAACUACAUCAGCGAGGCGGGCGUCAGCAAGUUCUUCCGCAAGUUCUUCAAGUUUGAGGUCCUGAAGCCGCUGGACGUCAAGACCAAGUUCUACAACGCGGAGUACGAUGAGUACGCGGCGCUUUCAGACGAGGUGUACCUGGAGGCGCAGAUCCAGAACGUGACGCCCGCCGCCAUGUGCAUGGAGGGCGUCUCGCUGGAGCCGUCGCCCCUCUUCGACGCUACCGACCUGAACGGCGUGUCCGGCGGUGAGUCGUCGUUCGGCGCCAGCGGCUGGCUGGGACCGCAGGACAGCCGUCAGUACCUGUUCUGCCUGGCGCCGCGGCCGGAGCUGCGCGCCGCCAGCAAGCAGCUCAAGGGCGUCACGAACAUCGGCAAGCUGGACAUCACAUGGCGCACCAACCUGGGCGAGCGCGGCCGCCUGCAGACCAGCCAGCUGCAGAGGAUGACGCCCGGUUACGGGGACCUGCGGCUGACCAUCGAGGACAUGCCCAGCGUGGUGGAGCUGGAGGAGACUUUCCACUUCACGUGCCGUGUGCAGAACGCCAGUGACCGCAGCCUGGCGCUGUCGCUGCGUCUGGAGCCGCCGGCCGGCGAGCCGGGCCUGGUGUGGCGCGGCGUCAGCGGGCGCCAGCUGGGUCAGCUGGCGCCCGGCGCCACGGCGCCAGUGACGCUGCAGAUGGUGGCGCGCCGCCUCGGGCUGCAGACCAUCUCGGGCGUUCGCCUGCUGGACGCGGGCCUCAACCGGCCCUAUGACUACGACAACCUGGCGCAGGUGUUUGUGCGCCGGCUGUGCCCCGUCUGAGGCGGCGGGUCGAGGCUGAGCCUCUCGGCGUCUGUACCCGCUGCCGUGUCGGUGGCUUGCGUGAGAGAGGGUGGAGCCGGGCAGACGUUAAGCAGCGCGAGGUUGCGCCGGACGUGUGGUCUAAGGUGUACAGUGGAGGACGCGGGUGAACGCCCCUCGCCGUGGGGUCUGAGGCGUUGCGCCGUGGUGAUGGCGCCUGGCAUCUGUGAAUUGAGUUAUGCUUGUUACUGACGGUAACAGUUUUGUUAAGUUUUAUUAUCAUUUAUCAUUGCCGCAGAUGAGUUAGUUGUGGACGGACCCGCCGGGUAGACGUGCCCGACCGAGAGAGCGGCGCUGGGUUUUAUUGGAUGCCGUUUAUAUAGAUGCGCCAUCCGGGAGUGUCAGUGACGCGUCCGUGCCGUCUCAUGG